GGACACAUGGCGUACACCCAUUUUUCACAUACAUUUCUCCGAUAAUUUAUAGCCUUAAACUUGGACAAUAUUGGCGAGACAGGAAAGGAAAACAAUACACCAAACCCCCUCCCACCUAACCGUUAAGGUCUCAGAGAGCGAGUGAGGAUGUCAACUGCUUCAUUGUGUUCAUCAACUCUUAAUCCCCAGAUUGGUCAGAGCCUUGCGCCUCGGAAAACCAAUUUUUCUCAACCCGGCGCGCUCUCGUAUACAAGGCGAAAAGUUCAUACUGUUGUGAAGGCAACAUCGCGGGUUGAUAAAUUCUCCAAGAGUGAUGUCAUUGUUUCUCCAUCUAUUCUCUCUGCUAAUUUCUCAAAGUUGGGAGAGCAGGUAAAAGCAGUGGAAUUGGCAGGUUGUGAUUGGAUUCAUGUUGAUGUCAUGGAUGGACGUUUUGUUCCAAAUAUUACAAUUGGACCACUUGUCGUUGAUGCCCUGCGUCCUGUGACAGAUCUUCCCUUGGACGUGCAUCUGAUGAUAGUAGAACCUGACCAGCGAGUACCGGACUUUAUUAAGGCUGGAGCAGACAUAGUCAGUGUUCAUUGUGAGCAAUCUUCCACCAUACAUUUGCACCGUACAGUAAAUCAAAUAAAAAGUUUGGGAGUUAAAGCUGGAGUUGUCCUAAAUCCUGCUACCCCUCUAAGUGCGAUUGAGUAUGUCCUUGAUGUCGUUGAUCUGGUCCUGAUUAUGUCGGUGAAUCCUGGCUUUGGUGGACAGAGCUUUAUUGAGAGCCAAGUAAAGAAAAUUUCAGACUUGAGAAGAAUAUGCGCGGAGAAGGGAGUAAACCCAUGGAUUGAGGUGGAUGGUGGAGUUGGUCCGAAAAAUGCAUACAAGGUGAUCGAGGCAGGAGCUAAUGCCUUAGUUGCAGGUUCAGCUGUCUUUGGAGCUAAAGACUAUGCUGAGGCUAUAAGAGGAAUAAAGACCAGCAAGAAGCCAGUAGCAGUAGCAGUGUGAUUUAUGAGACGGCCAAAAGAUCUGGUUUGGUUCGUUGAGCGACUUGUUCCUUGGAUGCAGAUAUACACAGAAGAGCAGAUGAGAAGCGUACUACUUCCUUCACCAUGUCGUUGCGUAAUGCAGAAUGUGCCAUAACUUGUUCAAUCUAUAAUAAAAGAAGUCAAGGCUGUGCUCAGACUGCUGCCAGGAGAAAAUUGUUUGUACAUCACAUAUCCUUACUGGGAAUUAACGACCUGAAACUUCUGUAGCAUUUCACGAACGGCGUUACUUUUCACACCCCUUUUUUACUUCUCAACCCCCUGUCAGAUUGUCGUUUUAGCUGAUAACAUAUCUAAUCGGCCUUACUUUUCAC